UAAACCUUGUAUAUUUUGGAAAUAUGGGACAGAAAACAUCAAAACAAGAUGACCUCGUACAUGCCUUUAAGCAAGCGAAAGCAAAUAUUGUCAUUAUAGGAGUAAAGAAAUCGGGAAUGACAUCAAUAUUGCAAAAGCUGAUUCCAAACAACCCUAAUUUUGGUGGAUCGAUGAUGGGCAAUGCUGCUACGACGAUGACACCUUAUAAAGGUGUUAAUUUAACCAUGUGGGGAAUUGGAUUCGGUUUAAAACGACCUCCACUCUGGAAUUAUCAUCUCAAGAAGGCAGAAGAAUUACUUCUAAUUGUGGACAGUGGCAACCGACGUACUCUCGUCGCAAUGAAAGAAGAACUAGACGAGAUAUUCGAUCAAUACAGAAUGGAAACGAAUUAUACCACCGAAGCCUUCCUAUUACACCUUGGUAGCACAUAG